UCGCAGGCUAUUGGGAAGACAUCCCUACGAUUGAAAUGGGAGCAGAAAGUUGCCGUACUGCAUUUGAAUUCGCUCCAGUCCAAUGCCAUUACCCUUCAGAAGUUACGACAAAAACGCAAUAUUCUACAAGAAACAAACAUUCCCAACACAAUCUUUUUCCUGAACAAAUGUGGAAUUGAAUUGAAUCAACUGGAUGGAUUGAAUAUUAUUCAUGUGAGUGGCACAAAAGGCAAGGGAUCAACCUGUGCAUUUGUGGAAUCCAUUCUGAGAAGAGCAGGAUACCGAACUGGAUUGUACACGUCACCUCAUUUGGUCACAGCUCGAGAGCGAAUUCGUAUCAAUGGGAAGCCUAUCAGUGAAGCGUUAUUUGCCAAACAUUUUUUUACGAUUUAUGAUAAAUUAAAAAAGGAUGAGGACUUGGAUGGAAUGCCAGCGUAUUUUAAGUUUCUCACUCUUCUUUCCUUCCAUGUGUUUCUUGAAGAAUCUGUUGAUGUAGCUAUUGUUGAGGUGGGAAUUGGUGGAGAAUAUGACUGCACGAACAUUAUUCAGCACCCCGUCGUGUGUGGCAUCUCCACUUUAGACAUUGACCAUACUUCUAUAUUAGGAUCCACAUUACCAUCUAUUGCGUGGAAUAAAGCUGGUAUUCUUAAAAAUGGCACGCCAGCUGUUAUGACCCCUGCUCCGGCUGAUGCUCUUGCUGCUGUCCUCAGGAAAGCUCCACCGUAUGAGUCUUACUAUUUUGCAACUGGUAGUGUAUCUGCUGGGAUCGAUGGUGAACAUCAAAAGGUCAACAUUUCAUUGGCUUUGCAGUUAACGAGAGCGUGGCUCAAGCGAAUGGGACCUCUUUUUCCUUUGAUUCAUAAAAUUCCCUUCAAUGUUCCACAACUGGUAGUUGAAGGAAUAGAGUCAUGUCGUUGGCCAGGUAGAAGUCAAAUUGUUAACACUGAACGAAUCACCUACUACCUGGAUGGCGCACAUACUCCAAAGAGCAUGGAGAUGUGUUCGUUGUGGUUCGGAAAAGCAGUAGCGAGAACGCCCAAAAUGAAGCGAGUCCUCGUUUUCCAUUGCACUGCUGAUCGCAAACCAUCUACUCUGCUUCCGUACCUUACUAAGCAUUCGUUCGACUAUGCACUUUUCUGCCCAACAGCAUUGAAGGUAUCCCCCGAUUUGAAAUCUGACCUUACUAAUAUCAAUCAGCCACUGAAUGAACAGUUAGUUCGCAGUCAACAGUGUGCAGCAGCAUGGAAGGAGUUAGGAACGGGGGAAAUUUCCGUCUUCGAUUGCAUCACUUCCGCCGUUGAGCAUAUAGAACAUUUAUCAAGAACUGAAUCAUUGGAUGUAUUCGUCACUGGAAGUCUUCAUUUGGUCGGAGGCAUAACGUGGCUGGCAAAAGGAAAAGUUCGAAAGUAG